CAAACACCACGCACACAAAUUCUUUUCAUAUGUAUCUGAAAUUUUCUCCCUAUCCAAACGAAAGAGUUUCGAAAAAAGCGAACCAGAGCUGACUCUGCAAUCAGAAUAUCACCGCCGCGUCUCUUUCUCUCACUUUCUAUCUCUAUUUUCUAGAAUUCGUCUGAAGAAUUUCCUGGGAAACAAACAAAACCCUUGCCUCUAAUAACUCUCCACUUGUAGUAACGUUGAAGUCUCUCCAAUCAACUGAACCGCUGUAGAUAAAGUUUCUGAGUCUAUCCGCUUGCCUCGUUUUUCGCGAAUUUUUUUGUUAAGAUUUUAUCUUCCUCGUAAAAAUUUUCUCAAUCGGAUAGGGUUUCGAAGAUUUCGUCGGAAAAUCUCCAUUUUCCCAGUAAAAAACGAAAAUGAUGAGAAGGCAGCAGCAAGAUCAGCAAUCAAGGGUUUUCUACGAGCUCUCCGCUCUGGUCCUCAACAUCCUACGAUCCCCGCCGUCUCAGAUCCCGUUCCCCGACCACUCUACGGCGGAGGCGGUGUCAACGACGUCGUCGUCGUCGACGUCCCGGCGGUCAUCUCCGGCGGCACAGAUCUCUCCUGCGGGGUUCGCUUCGCUGCUCCUGGGGAUCUCGUUGGCGCUGAUGCUCUGCGGGUCGGUAACCUUCUUCAUCGGCUUCAUAUUGAUGCCAUGGGUUCUCGGGCUGGUCAUGGUGUUCUACGUGGCGGGGAUCGUCUCGGCCCUAUCCAUGUUGGGUCGCUCGCUUCUUUGUUACGCCACGGCGCCACCCACGCCGCGAAAGGACAUUCCUGCAUGGAAACUUUUGUGAAGAUUAAAGGUGGUUCGGAGAAUUAUGUAGGGGAGGAUCUGAGUGGCGGCAACGUCCCUCAGUGUAUUGCUUCUUCUAGCUUGUGGAUAAUUGUUUAUUUAUGAGUUACUGGAUGUGUGGAUAUUAGUUGAUAUAGUGAAUUGUUAAAGAUUUUUAUGUACUACACUACUACUGCCAAACGAAUUCCAAGUUGUGAGAAGAAUUAGGAGGGCUAUUCCCAGUUUCUUUCUUCUAUGCUAUUUCGUUUUACUAUAAACUUUAUGUAUCCUUCUUCAUGGAUAUAUACAAUUUUACCUUCUUCUUUUUUCCCA